CUCAAUUAACAUGGCACAAUUGGCGUGUACAACUGACCUAGUGUACUCGUCAGUGAACUAGGUCGAUCAAUAUUACAGGGGUGGAAGGGAUAGACAGGAGGUAGAUUUCUCAUACGAGUGGUGGUGACCACCCUUCUUCACUAAGAGGAGAUGCGCGUGUGGAAAUUGCUUUCAGUGCGCGGCGGAAAAUUCGUCCACCCAAAACAUGUCGUCGUCUUCUAGCGAGGAUUGUUUCACGAUCGUGGAUGUGCCGGAGAAUCGCUAUGAUGAGGCAAUCCACCAUCUGAGAUGGAACUUUUUCGCCGAUGAGCCGCUUAAUAACGCUAUAGGGCUUUGCGCGAGGGGGGAAUCUCAGAGCGCACUUGAGCGACACUGCCUUCUCACCUUGAAGCAGGGUUACUCCAGGAUGCUAGUGGAUAAGAAGGGAGCGAUAGCGGGAAUGGCACUAAACGGUAUUCUGAAGAAAGGUGAACGCGAGGAAGAAGAGCGGCGUUUCGAUGAGUUAGAUGAUGAAAAGUUUAAGAUGAUCAUGAAAUUACUCUACAAAGUGAAUGAUAAGGUCGAUUUGUUCGCCAAGUAUGAUGUGGAUGAGCUGUUCGAGUGUCGAAUCCUCAGCGUUGAUGCAAAUUAUCGCGGUAAAGGUUUGGCCAGUAUUCUUAUGGAUGAUAGUGAAAAAGUCGCCAAAAAUGCCGGGUUUAAGGUGUGUAAAGCCGAUGCAACCAGUGCAUUCUCACUGAAAGUCUAUCUGAAGCACGGCUACCAGGUGGAAGCAGAAAUCCUGUACACGGAAUUGGACAAGUCUAUCAGACCGGCGCCGCCCCAUCAGGCGUUAAAACUGAUGGUGAAGUUAUUAAAUUGAAGAUAAAAAAUGAGAAAGUCCGCUCGCUUGGAGAGCUUAUAAUUAAAUUAAACCGUCAACACACACGAAACCGUAAAGCGUAAAGUAGAUAAAAGAUAUAUGUAUCAUCGUCGUGUCGUGACAAUAACAGCACUUAAUGUAUGUCUCGAUGUCACGAAUGACGUGACAUCUUCUCA